ACCAUGUCAUCCAUAGACCCCCCGCUGUCUGACGCGGCAGUUUUGGCGACGUAAACCAAUCAAUUUACACCGUCAUCGAUUACAUCCAUUCUUGGCUUUUUGCCAGGAUUUCGGUGUCCAUAAGAUCUCAGAUGCCAAAGCUGGCUCCAAUUCACGUUCCUUGAGCCUUUUAUCGACUCGUUCGCACCUGUGUCACAGUCAGAAAUUUCUACUUCUGUGUGGAUCAUACCCUAUACGCUUCUCUAUCACUAUGAAGUUUGCACGAUACCUUAAUGAUACCCAAACUCCCGAGUGGAAAAAGGCAUACAUUGAUUAUCGUUGCUUGAAGAAAUGUAUUGGUGCAAUACGUGCAGAACAGAUUGCCAGGCAGAACUCCACUGGAACCACAGAUGUUGAUCAAGUUAAUAAACAAGCCAUAGAACUUGAACAGUAUAACAAGCAGUCGGUCGCUCCAGAACAUGAUGCUACAGCUGAAGGGUCGACAACUCCUUCCGCCACCCGAAUCCAGCGAAUGGAUGGCCAGAUACGUCCAUCGCUCAGCAUUACAUUGUCUGGUAUUUCGCCUCCACAUCAUCUUACAGGCUCGUUGUCACAAGCUCCGUCUCAAGAGACUCCAUUACCUCCGAAGACUGCGCACUCGCCACCGAUAUUUCCCUUUUUUCGUGAUACAGGUUCCGCCGCUCCUGCUGCCUUACAUACACUUCUACCUCUACUACCACCGCUUCACGCAAAUUUUUUUGAGCUAUUAGAUUCCGAACUGGAGAAGGUCGACUCUUUUUAUGCCGAGCGAGAGAAGGAAAUGCGAGACCGCAGUAAGCUGCUCAAAGAGCAACUCAAUGAACUUGGGCUUCAUCGCAAGAAGUACUAUGAAUCUAAUGCAAAUACCACAACGCCGAGUUGGGCUGCACGAGCUCACCUGUCCCUGUCGGUGGCUUUGCCCGCCCUGAACCAAUGUCAUAGUCGCCGUCAUGCGAAUACCCCCAAGCACAAUAAUCAACCAGGGCUAGUAGUUUCUGAGUCAGGUCGAGGAGGUAUGCAUUUAUUGUUGUCGCAAUCGAAACAGACAACAGAACGGCCAGCUGAUUUUAGUGCCUGUGGACACUGGCCAUUCGAUCACCACCGGAGAUGGAGGAGCUUCCGAUCGUAAAAACACGUCGCCGCCUCCUGUGUCUAUCGGAGGUGAAUCAACCAAAGUAACAUCGCUCAGGAGCACUCAUUCACCACCACCAACAAAAGCCCACGGGAAUAUCCUGCUGGGGAAUGGUGGGUCCUUCAAACGCGCAUCUAGCCCCCAGGAAUAC